AUGGGAGGUGCAAGCUCUUACAUCGCGAUGCUUUGCAUCGCGGGUUUCCUUGGAGCUUCGUGGACAGCGUCGAAAGUGUCCAGGUUGCUUGGUGUCUCUGACAUCGUCCUGGUGAUCACAACCGGCGUGGUCUUCGGGCCUGAUAUCCUGGGGCUCGUCGCCAAAGAGUACACAGUUUGCUCAGAAGCUAGGCACAUUGAUUGUGGGACCAUCGAGGAUGUCACUUACAAGGUUGCGAACAACUUGCCCCUGGGACAGGCCUUGGGAAGAAUCCAGAACAUGGACCUGUGUGAUCCAGCAGAUUAUCACCAUGAUGAUCAUGGCAGUGUCGGUCAUGGCAGUGAUGGCAGCGGACACGGCGAGGACACUUCGCAUGGCACGAUGCCAGGCACAUCCAAUGCGACCCAUGGUGGGGACCAUGCCACCGAGGGUGGCGGUGAGCACUCUGAUGGUGAUCACGCUUCAGGGGACCAUUCUGCUGCAGAUGACCACACAUCGGGCGAGCACUCUGCAGCGGGGGACCACUCCAGUGGCGAGCACUCGGAUGGUCAUAUCCCAGACGACCACAGCAGUGGUGGGCACGAAGCAGCCGAUCAUGGCACUGACCAGGUCUCGCACGGGACCGGGCAUCGGCGUUUAUCCGGUGGUGGCAGCUACACUUCCUAUGAGGAGUGCCUCGUGAAGAGCUGCGAUGCUGAUAUUUCGCACGAGUGCCAGCUCACCCCGGACGUCUUCACAUUGAUUGGUCAUGCAGGCGUGGCUUUGAUGAUUUUCGAGAGCGGCAUGCAUUUUGAUUUCGAGAAGGCCAAGGUCGUCGGCCCGAAGGCAUGUGUUGUUGCAGUCUUGGGCACGAUUCUUCCGCUUAUCACCGGGUCCCUUCUAACGAUGGUUUACGGCUAUGGGUUCUUUCCGCAAGGCAUCUCAGCUGGAACGGCCCUCGCGCCAACAAGCGUCGGAAUCGCCCUCCGACUCCUUGGUGAAGCUGGGGUCUUGCAGGAGAACUUUGGACAGGCCAUCAUCACUGCAGCUUUUGUGGAUGAUAUUCUGUCGCUGGUUCUCUUCAAUGUCCUUUUCUCGCUGGGCGGCGAGUUCGACAUCAUGGCAGUGGUGGUGAACCCCAUCAUCGGCAUCGCCGUCAUGCUGUUCGCGAUGUACCUUGCGAUGAAGUUCUGGCCCAAGUUCAUCAAUGAGUGGCUACUUCCGAAAGUCCCAGUCAAGGAGGGCGCCAAGGUGCCUCAGACAGAUGAGGUUCUUUUCCUGUUGAUGAUUCUUCUUCUGAUUGGGUAUGCAACCAUCACCUACUUCCUGGGCACUCACCUGUGGGGCUGCUUUAUCGCGGGCAUGUCUUUUGCCUGCCUGACUCCGGCGCAUCACGCUCACCAUGUUUGGGUCAAGCAGACAAAGCGCGUAACAUCCUGGAUGAUCAGAAUCUUCUUUGCAUGCACAGUCGCCUUUUCCAUCCCCAUCUCGAAGCUUCUGUCAGUUGAUGCAAUCUGGAAGGGUGCCAUCAUGGGCAUCGGACCUUGCAUCCUCACGAAGGUGUGUUGCGCACCAUUCAUGGGCGAGGCUCGAUGGGUCAUUGGCUGGGCCAUGGUGGGCCGAGCCGAGUUCGCGUACCUGAUCGCACAGAUGGCCGCCGCUGCAAACAUGCUGGACAAGGAUAUGUUCUCCAUCGUCAUUUGGGCUUUGCUUUGGGCAACAAUUUUCGCACCGUUUAUCUUCCGUUACGUGUUGAACCGCUACGUGAAAGCUCAAGGUCUGGGAGACAGAGAGCCAAAUCCUGGUUACGGGGAGGAUGAGGAUGGGUAUUCGAUCUCGGAGCCGCCUUCGGAGAAGGGUGACCUGGCGUCCGACCAAGACUACAAGAUGAAAGUUGAAGAGCUGAACAAGGUUGCUCCUGCAGAGGCCGCGGGGCCCUCAGGGGCGCAGAGCUCUGAAGCUCGCUGUUGUGGUGCCUUCAGCAAGAGCGUGGUGUGA